GGUCCAUUCCCGUCAACACUAACCCGUGGUAGUGGUAACGAAAGUAAAAAUGGCUGGUCGACUGUCCCUGGCAGAGGUGGAUCUCUGCUGCGCAAUCUGCUACGACAUCUUCCGAGACCCCGUGGUGCUCCAGUGCAGCCACAGCUUCUGCUCUGGCUGCCUGCGGGACUACUGGGCGAGCCGGGGGGGCGGACGGGACUGCCCGCUGUGCCGGAGGGAGUCCUCCGACGAGCCAGUGCCCAGCCUCACCCUCCGGAACCUGUGUGAGGGCGCAGAGCCCUCGUCCUUAUCGUCGCCGCCGGAGGAGCUGUACACCGACCCCGGGGAGAUGUGCCCCCUCCACGGGGAGCGGCUGAAGCUCUUCUGCCGGGACGACCGGGAGCCCAUCUGCGUGAUCUGCCUGACGUCCCGGAGACACGAGGGGCACGACUGCUGCCCUGCGGGCGAGGCCGCCGCGGACAUGAAGGAGGACUUGAAGACCUCCCUGAGCGAGCUGCAACAGAAGAUGGUGGAGUUGGAGAAGAUGAAGCAGAACUACACGGACACCUCAGCGCAUAUCGAGAUGCAGGCCCAGUUUGUGGAGCGGCGGAUGCACCAGGAGUUCCAGGAGCUGCGGGACUUCCUGGACGAGGCUGAGCGUACAGCCCUGCAGUCGCUGAAGCAGGAGGAAGAGGAGAAGAGAGGGGUGGUGAGGAGGCUGACGGACGAGGUGGAGGUCAACAUCUCGUCCCUGUCCGACGCCAUCACGACGCUGGAGGAAGACAUGGCCCUGGACGCAGUUCCUCUCUUGCACAAAUGCAAGGACGGCAGCAUUGGAAGUGCCACCACCCCAGACUGUGCUGCUAUGCCGCCGGGAACCCUGAUCGACGUGGCCAGCUACCUAGGCUCGCUGCAGUACUCUGCGUUGGUGGGGAUGUACGAGACGGUCCGUUACACUCCAGUGACCCUUGACCCCAACACCGCCGCCCCCUGGCUCCGCCUCUCGGACGACCUCACGGAGGUCAGCGACACCGACGACCGGCCGAAGCUCCCCGACAACCCGGAGCGCUUCGACCGCGACGCCGGCGUGCUGGGCCACCGCGGCUUCUCCUCGGGCUGCCAUUGGUGGGACGUGGAGGUGGGCGAGAACACGGCCUGGGUGGUGGGCGUGGCCGGCGAGUCAGUGAAGCGGAAGGAGAAGGUGUCGUCGGUGCUGAAGAACGGCUACGUCACCGUGUACUUCUACCACGAAAUGUACUUCGCCGGCACGUCGCCACUGUCGCGCCUCAACCUCAAGUCCCGCCCCAAGAGGAUCCGCGUGAGGCUGGACUACGACAAGGGGCGGGUCUCGUUCCACGACGCCGACCGGAACGUGCUCAUCUACCUCUUUAAGCACAGUUUCAACGAGAAGGCGUACCCCUACCUUUGGGUGGGCUGCAAGCUGAGCCCACUGAAGAUCACGGCAGGGGAGGGGGAGCUGAAGGUAGUCAAAUGAGGUGGAGGAUUGUGUUGCAAAGCAAUCUAGAUCUUCUCUGGGGGGGAAGUAACAGCCUUGGCCAAAGCGUUCCUGUUUACAAUGUAUUUGGGUGUGUGUGAGGGUGUGUGCGCACGUUUGUGUGUUAACAAAACAUGAUUGUAUCUUGAUCAAAUGUAUCAAAUGAGUAAUGGUCUUCGGAAGACAAAAGACAUUGUGUCAAUAACAGAAUAAUACAGAUAUAUAUCAGUCUUCUCAAUAAUCGUUUAUUGUUUAUUGUAUGCCACUAAAUCCUAUUCACUGCAGCUUUUGACUUAAAAGCCUCCACUAUUUCUUUUCCUUUUCAGCAUUUGCAGAUAAGCAAAAAAUAAAAUAAAUUUGCUUUCAAAAAUCUUUUUAAA